AUGGCACUGUAUCCCAGUGCAGAUCAAUUAGACAAGUCUGCCACGGCAUUGUCUCGGAACACUGACUUGACACCCAAGCAUACAAUCCAAGCACACGCAGGCGCUGUGCAUGUCGCACGAUACAAUCCUGGCGGUCGGUAUCUGCUGACAGGUGGUGGCGAUCAGCAAAUUCACUUAUGGAAUGCAAAGACAGGCGUUUCGGAUGAGGUCGAUUCGAAAGGUCGCUCGCCAUGCAUCCAGCGCUACAGCGCGCAUUCCUACGAAGUGCUGUGUCUGGACAUAGCGCCAGAUAGCAUGAGGUUCGCCAGUGCCGGGCCAGAUCGAGCAGUAAUGCUAUGGGAUGUUGCAACGGGUCAAGUAUUCCGCCGCUUUCACUCACACACAGGUCGAAUCCAUGACGUGAGAUUCGCCGGUGCACAUGACGAUGGUAGCCUCUUGUACACGGGAGGUAGUGACAAGACUUUGCGUGCAUUUGAUUUGCGCGCAUCGAAUGCAUGGCGACCGAUCUGGGAAGCAAGUGAUGCGCAGGAUGCUAUUCUCGCACUAGCUCCCACACCUAACUGCGUCCACACGGCAUCCGUAGACGGCGCGUUACGCACCUAUGACGUACGCAUGGGUCAGUUACGCACAGAUACGCUCGAUGAGCCCAUCACAUCCCUGACGCCAACGAAGGACGGGGCCGCCGUGCUUGUGACACAGCUCUCAUCUACGCACCGACUCAUGGACUUGGCCGAUGGAACGCAAUUGCAGUGUUUCCAGGGCCACACGCAGAACGCAUUCCGCUGUCACUCAGACCUUUCGCGCGACGAAGCAGUCGUAUUUAGUGGAGAUGAAACAGGGCACUUGUACGCUUGGGAUACUCUGAAAGGCCGGGUCAAAUGGGCGCAUAAGCCGGACAUGCGUGGCAGUCUGAGACACCGCCGCGCACCGCACGUGCCUGUGACGAUCCUGUGGACCGAAACAUGUCCAGACGAGCAGGAUCCCCAGGUUGUCACGGCAUCUUCCUGUGGCACAGUGCAUGUUUGGUCGCGCUAG